AUGCUGUGUAUCCCAUCCCUGCCCUGCCUGGCACCUCCCCUCUCAUCCUGGACUCAGUCUGACCUCACCUCAGCGCCAGGGAAGCGGCUGAAGGUCAAGUGUCUUUUGUUUCGCACAAUAAACCAAGACUCAUCCAUCACUCCUGCUUCAGGGCGGAUAGUGAGGGAGGUGCAGCAUCCUGCUGUGGAGGAGACUGUAAUCAGAGUGUCUGCCUCCCUCAUCAUCAUCACUGUCUCUGCCUCCCUCAUCAUCACUGUCUCUGCCUCCCUCAUCAUCAUCACUGUCUCUGCCUCCCUCAUCAUCACUGUCUCUGCCUCCCUCAUCAUCAUCACUGUCUCUGCCUCCCUCAUCAUCAUCACUGUCUCUGCCUCCCUCAUCAUCACUGUCCCACAAGCCUCUGCAAAAAAAGACCUUCUGGACCUGGGAACCUUCUGGACCUGA